UCGGCUCGGCCCGGCUCGGGCGGCCUCCUCGGGCGGCGCGCUUCGGGCUCUGUCCCGGCCUUCGGGCGGCCCCGGCCGGAGCCUUCGGGCGGGCUCGGCGGAGUCCGGAUGGAGGACUCGGACUCGGCCGCCAAGCAGCUGGGCCUGGCCGAGGCGGCGGCGGUGGCGGCCGCGGCCGCUGUGGCGGCGGCGGCCGCGGCCGCGGCGGGAGGCGAGGCGGAGGAGCCGGUGCUCAGCAGGGACGAGGACUCGGAGGACGGAGACUCGGAGUCGGAGCGCGAGACGCGGCGGGUGACGGCCGUGGCGGUGAUGGCCGCCGAGCCCGGGCACAUGGACAUGGGCGCCGAGGCCCUGCCGGGCCCCGACGAGGCCGCUGCGGCCGCCGCCUUCGCAGAGGUGACCACCGUGACGGUAGCCAGCGUGGGCGCCUCAGCAGACAACGUCUUCACCACGUCUGCGGCGAAUGCUGCCUCGCUCUCAGGCCACGUGCUGUCGGGCAGGACAGCCCUGCAGAUCGGGGACAGCCUGAACCCCGAGAAGGCCACGCUCAUUGUUGUGCACACGGACGGCAGCAUUGUGGAGACCGCCGGGCUGAAGGCACCUGCAGCGCCUCUCACCCCAGGACCUCAGUCUCCUCCGACUCCGCUGGCUCCCGGUCAAGAGAAGGGUGGCACCAAGUACAACUGGGACCCUUCGGUGUACGACAGUGAGCUGCCCGUGCGCUGCCGCAACAUCAGUGGCACCUUGUACAAGAGCAGGCUUGGCUCAGGAGGCCGAGGCCGCUGUAUCAAGCAGGGGGAGAACUGGUACAGCCCCACCGAGUUUGAAGCCAUGGCAGGAAGGGCCAGCAGCAAAGACUGGAAGAGGAGCAUCCGCUAUGCGGGGCGGCCACUGCAGUGCCUCAUCCAGGAUGGCAUCCUGAACCCUCACGCAGCCUCCUGCACCUGUGCUGCCUGCUGUGACGACAUGACCCUGAGUGGCCCCGUCAGGCUCUUCGUGCCCUACAAGAGGCGCAAGAAGGAGAGCGAGCUGCCGGCCACGCCCGUCAAGAAGGACGCGCCUAAGAACAUCACCCUGCUCCCCGCCACCGCUGCCACCACCUUCACCGUGACCCCCUCAGGACAGAUCACUACCUCGGGCGCACUGACCUUUGACCGGGCGUCCACCGUGGAGGCCACUGCCGUCAUCUCGGAAAGUCCAGCCCAGGGCGACGUCUUCGCAGGAGCCACAGUGCAGGAAGCGGGCGUGCAGCCUCCGUGCAGGGUCGGCCACCCGGAGCCCCACUACCCCGGUUAUCAGGACAGCUGCCAGAUCGCACCGUUCCCUGAGGCCGCACUGCCAACGUCUCAUCCCAAAAUAGUGCUGACGUCCCUGCCGGCCCUGGCGGUGCCACCCUCCACCCCCACCAAAGCUGUCUCCCCCUCGGUGGUCAGCGGGCUGGAGGUGUCGGAGCAGCGGAGCUGGCUGUACCUGGAGGAGAUGGUCAACUCCCUGCUCAGCACCGCGCAGCAGCUGAAGACGCUGUUCGAACAGGCCAAGCAGGCCAGCUCCUACCGGGAGGCCGCCGCGGCCCAGGCCAGAGCCCAGGCAGACGCCGAGCGGAAGGAGCAGUCCUGCGUGAACUGUGGCCGUGAGGCCCUGAGCGAGUGCACCGGCUGCCACAAGGUCAACUACUGCUCCACCUUCUGCCAGCGCAAGGACUGGAAGGACCAUCAGCACAUGUGUGGCCAGCCCGCAGCUGUCACCGUCCAGGGGGACGACGUCCACGUCGGCGAGGGCGUGAUCGAGAAAGUCACCGUGUGAGGGCCCAUGGGGCCUCUGCGGCCAGGGAGGACCCUGGAGGACAGGGGCCUCUGAGGACAAGGAGGAACUUGCUGGCCAAGUUACAAGUGGACGCCGGGCGCCCGGUGCCCUCGGCGGCACGCUCCCGGUGCCGAGCUCCGGGACUGGGCGCUGGCCUCUCCGUGGCUGCUGGUGGACACGGCCUGGGCCCCGACGCCUGGUGGACACGGCCUGGGCCCCGAUGCCCGGUGGGCGCGGCCUGGGCCCCGAUGCUCGUGGUGCUUUUUUUAAUCCCGUGGAUCAUGAGCGUCCAAUCCUCCCUACGGGUGUGUCGUGUUCUGUAACACGCGUGUACAUAUCUGUGUCUUGUCAAUAAAGUCGACACCCCUGUCCCACCCGGACAGGUGACUCCA